CACACUCAGUGCCCCAAAACGCCGGGCACCAACACCGGCACCAACACCGCCGAGCCAGCGCCCAUGCCGUCUCCCGCCGCGCCUGGCGCGCUCGCGGUGCCGAACCUGCGCGGCUCCGGAGCGUCGAACACGUCUAGGGCCUCGGUGGAGUCGAACUACACCAUCAUCAAGGAGCUGGGCGAAGGGAAGUUCGGCCAGGUGAAGGAAGUGCUUCGCACCGGGACCAAGCAGCGUUUUGCGUGGAAGCAAGUCACAUCGGAGAAGGAUCCCUACUACAAAGUGGAACUGGAGAUCCUCGGCAACCUGGAGCACGAGGGCAUUAUCGGCGUUGUUGAGGCCUACACCCAGGAAGGUGUGGUCGACAUGGUGCUGGAGCUUUGCAAGAUCAGCCUGCAGUUUGACAUAGACUCCAGGUUUGAGCCUGCUCCCAUGGGCGGCAAGAAGCAAUACGUGCGCCCCUCAUCAUGGGACAUUGCUUCGACCAUGCUUCAGAUCUUUAGCGCAGUGGCCUUCCUUCACGAGAGCCAGGUUGCACAUCGUGACAUCAAGCCAGACAAUGUACUGUUGUCUACGGGCGAACGUUGGAAAUUGGCGGAUUUCGGCCUGGCGUCGCGUUUCAAGAGCGGAAGCUACAUGGAGGAAGUGGUGGGCACUCAACCCUUCAAAGCGCCUGAGGUGGAGAAAGGGUACUAUACCGAGAAAUGCGACGUCUAUAGCACAGGAGUGCUCUUUAUCGCGUUGGCCACGGGCAAAGAAUGGUGGCGGCCCGAGAAUCUUGAAGAUGAGACAGCCAAAGAGAAGGCGAUCGCGCUCAUGGCGCCAGAGACAUGGAAAGACUUGGAGCUCGGGCACGGUGCCUGGGAGUUUGCUGAGAGCAUGGUGUCCUUGGAACCGGAACGUUCUCAUGCAGAGGACGCCCUGCAGAACCCAUGGCUGGUGCGGAAACACUCGGGAGGCUGUUGCGCAGUGAGUUAGAUGCACCACGACUGGCGCCGAACGGUGAAGGUGUGUCCAGGUAUGUCUGGAUGUGCCACUAGCCACUAGCAUGUCUUUUUUGGAUCCCACUCUUGGAGAAAGUGUGGGACACGCUUAAUUAUUAAUUGCAGCAUGCAGCAUGCUCAAUUGUCCUACA